UUCCCGAUUUAUAUUUGUGUGAGACCUAAAAUUGUAUUGAUUUUCUGAAGUACCAAAUUAGCCUUUUUAUAGGCUCCCAACUUUAGCGCGUGGCAUGCAUAAAACUCACGUAACAUCUUCGUAAAUUCCCGAAACAUCAGGACCCAAAAUGGUCAUUUUGCGAAAUAAGUAUCACACGAGUUGAAAACAACUGAACCCCUCUCACGUGUACACUUCGCACGCACGCGAUCCACAUCCUCUUUUGAUUGUUUGAUUCCUUCCAACACAUUGUGUUCUAAUAGAGAGAGAUGAACAGUGCCGAAUUGGAAUGAUUGGGCGUGCGCUUUUGGAGGCAAACAAAUUGCACGCUGUUAUUGAACUCGAACCAUUUUUGCUUUCACUUGCAAAGAAAUCAAAUCCUAUAACGCUAACACAAUGCAAUCAAAUUCAUGCAAAACUCAUAAUCACCCAAUGCAUUUCACAAACCCAUUUAGCCAACACCCUUUUGAGUUUCUAUUCAAAAUCUGCAAACUUUCGCCAUGCCCACCAACUGUUCGACAAAAUGCCUCACAGGAACGUUGUCACUUGGACAACCUUAAUUUCAUCACAUCUCAAAAAUGGGUCACUCCCAAAAGCCUUCGAGAUGUUCAAUCACAUGCGUGCAUUGGACGAGAGACCCAAUGAGUACACUUUCUCUGUUCUGCUUCGAGCUUGUGCCAACCCUACUUUUUUCAAUGUGGGUUUGCAGAUUCAUGGCUUGCUUGUUCACUGUGGAAUUGAAAGAGACAAAUUUGCUGGGAGUUCUCUUGUGUAUUUGUACUUCAAAGGUGGCAAUGAUUUAAGGGGCGCGUGGCGUGUUUUUUAUGGAUUGUUGGAGAGAGAUGUUGUUGCUUGGAAUGUUAUGAUUUCUGGGUUUGUUCAAGUUGGUGACUUAUGCAUGGUGCAAUCGUUGUUUUCUGAAAUGUGGGAUGUACAAGGUUUGAAACCUGAUAAUAGUACCUUUGUGAGUUUACUCAAGUGUUGUUCUUUUUUGCAAGAGGUGAAGCAAAUCCACGGGCUUGUGUACAAGUUUGGUGCUGAAGUUGAUGUUGUGGUUGAGAGUGCUAUGGUUGACUUGUAUGCUAAAUGUGGGGAUGUGAGUUCUUGCAGGAAAAUCUUUGACUCUAUGGAGGAAAAGGAUAAUUUUGUUUGGAGUUCAAUGAUUUCAGGCUAUACCAUGAAUAAAAGAGGAGAGGAAGCUGUGCAGUUUUUCAAGGAUAUGUGUAGACAAAGGGUGAAACUGGAUCAACAUGUGUUAUCUAGUACUGUGAAAGCUUGUGUUGAAAUAGAGAACUUGGAAAGUGGAGUUCAAGUUCAUGGAUCAGUGAUAAAAAACGGGCAUCAGAAUGAUUGUUUUGUAGCAAGUGUGUUGAUGAAUCUCUAUGCAAGUUUCGGUGAACUAGGGGAUGUUGAAAAGUUGUUUAGAAGGAUUAACAAUAAAGAUAUUGUAACAUGGAACUCUAUGAUCUUGGCUCAAGCUCGGCCGGGUCGGGGAUCUGGUUGUUCUAUGCAACUAUUGCAAGAGCUUCGUCGAACAACCCUCUUGCAGAUUGAAGGUGCCACUCUGGUUGCUGUUUUGAAGUCUUGUGAGAAUGAAUCGGACUUACCAGCAGGUAGACAAAUUCAUUCACUUAUAGUGAAAUCAAGUAUGUGUCAUCAUACUUUGGUUGGCAAUGCAUUAGUCCACAUGUACUCUGAGUGUAAACAAAUAGGUGAUGCAUUUAAAGCUUUUGUUGACAUUGUAUGGAAAGAUGAUAGUUCUUGGAGUUCUAUUAUUGGAACUUGCAAACAAAAUGGUAUGGAAUCAGAAGCUUUAGUGCUAUGCAAAGAGAUGUUGGCUGAAGGAAUCAAUUUUACAAGUUAUAGCCUUCCGCUAUGUAUUUCAGCUUGCUCUCAACUUUCAGCUAUAUGUGAGGGAAAACAACUCCAUGUUUUUGCUAUCAAGUCUGGUUACAACCGCGAUGUCUACGUUGGAAGUUCCAUUAUAGAUAUGUAUGCUAAAUGUGGAAACAUGGAGGAGUCAGAGAAAGUUUUCGAAGAACAAUUAGAGCCGAAUGAAGUGACUUUCAAUGCCAUGAUCUGUGGAUAUGCACAUCAUGGAAAAGCACAACAAGCCAUAGAAGUAUUGAGUAAGUUAGAGAAGAAUGGUGUGACCCCUAAUCAUGUAACUUUCUUAGCAUUGAUGUCAGCUUGUAGCCAUGCAGGCUAUGUAGAAGAAACUUUGCAUUUGUUUACAUUGAUGAUUGACAAAUACAAGAUUAAGCCAAAAUCCGAGCAUUAUUCAUGCCUGGUUGAUGCCUACGGUCGGGCGGGAAGGCUGGAGGAAGCUUACCAAAUAGUGCAAAAGGAUGGAAGUGAAUCAGCAUGGAGAACAUUACUAGGUGCUUGUAGGAAUCAUAAUAAUACAGAAAUUGGAGAAAAAUCUGCUAUGAAGAUGUUAGAAUUGAAUCCAAGUGAUCAUGCUCCAUAUAUUCUUCUUUCGAACCUUUACAUGGAAGAGCGAAAAUGGGAAGAAGCUCUUAAAUGCAGGGAAAAAAUGGCUACGAGUUGUGUGAAGAAAGAUCCAGGAAGUAGUUGGUUGAUUUGAGGAUAAUGUAUUCUUUAUCAAUGAAUCACUGUUCGUAGAGGGCAUUAAAACGAAGUUUCUGAUGCUUUAUCAUUUGUUAAUACAUUUUGGCAGUUAUUAUCGCUCUGAUCACAAGUUCACAACAUCCUUGUCCUACAACUUUGUUGAGUGACAGAAAAUAUGCAAUGGAAUGCAAUAACUAUUUUUUGCAGACUUCUAUCAUAAUACAUAGUAGAAUACAAUAACUAUUAACGUCAUGAGAGAUGUCGCCCGCAUCACUAUGGGUUUGGACUAAAGAUGUAACAUUAUAUAUAUCAAUUGUCAAGAUUUGAGGAGAGUAAUUUGUUACUGAACUGUUGGGGGAAAAGGAAACUCUUUGCAGAAAUGGGUUUAUUUGCUAAGAUAUAUAUGCUACUGAAAUCACUUUUGAGAAGGGAAACAAGAGUCGUCUAAUAAUUUUGUCUCACUAUUGAUUGGUUUAAAAUAACAAGAUCUUGAUUUUAGCAAAGUAAUGCUUAUCAGUACCUCAAAUUGCAGCAUUAUUUUUAUUUUGAAUGCAAUAGACAAAAUUAGUUAAAUUAGUCCAUCAAAUUUAUGAAAGUGCAAGUUAGUACCAUACGAUGAAGGACGUUAUUCAGUUUAGUCAUUCCAUCAAAAUACAUAUUUAAGAAACAUUCAUCAAAACUAUUAUCUUGAACCAUCUCUACUAUACGUCAAGACAAACAAACAUGAAACUUUGAGGGGUACUAUUAAAAAUGCAUUAGUGAGGGGUAUUUUCUCUACAUGGCAUGGUGAUGAAUGUAAAAUAAGUCAUGUAUACAUUUAUUUAUUAUUAUUAUUAGUAUAAAUUAUGAACUACACCUAAUCAAUCCAUUUGAUUUUUGUAGAUUAGUUUGUUUCUGCAAGAAGCAAUUUUCAUGGCAUAUAUGGUUUGUUCUGAUACAUUUGCUAUGACAUGCAAAAUCAAUCAUCUUGAGAAGUCAUGACCAAGUGUGAAUUCAUGUUUGGUUCCAAUUAGUUGAAUCUUGAAUACCAUCAUCUGGACAUAUACUACUUAACUUUCCAGUCUUUACUAUAAUUUAAUCAUAUUCAGAUGUAUAACACCUUUCUGUAGAGGCAUGGAAACACAGAAUUAUUGUAUUGCAAUCUUGUUUCAACAGUAAAAUUAAAUUCUCAGUUUUAAUUGCAUAAUUUGCAUUGCUGCAUUUGGAAAAUGAAGGCAAAAAUAAUAUUUUCUAUUCAUUUAUCAGAAUUAAAAGUGCAAACAUCAAUGUAUCACACUACUUGUAACAAUAUACACACAUUAUCAGUUAAUUUAAUUUGGUGCAAACAGUAUCCAUCGAAAGCAGAAUUCUUCUGAGGUGAAAAUUGUUAUUUAAAAAGCACUCAGCUUUUAAUGGAAAUCUGCAUAAGAUAACUUGAAAAAUUGUAAAAUAAAUGACAAACCACUAAAUAUAAAAGCACUUUACAGACAUAAUCUUACCAAUCAUGGUAUAAAAAAAUUCCAAAGCAAGAGUAACUUGAACAGAAACAUGGUGUUAGUCCCACAUUGGUAGUUCCCCUAUAUAAUAAACCCAAAACCCCAAAUGAAUACACCAGAGCUGCUUUGUUAUAACGGAAACACCAUAUUAGUCCCACAUCGUUUGAGCUCGAAAAAACUCAAAUGUUUUUAUACCUGAACAUGAGCACCAUAGGCCACGAUCUUACUUGAACAGGAUCUGUUCUAUAGGAUUGUACUACUGUGUCCUUAAUUUCUAAGGAAACAGGAACCUAAGUCUGGUGGAUGAACCAUGACCGUGUGAUCAGAGCGUGAUUAACGGCGACGAUGAUCUCCAGUAUCUGGGCAUCAUCUUCCAGCUGUAGAGGAUCGUUCUCAGCCAGUGUCUACUGAUUGCGAUGGUCACGCGGUUGUCUGACAGAUUCGAUACUUU